UACUGCAACAACUCCACUUGCAGCGCAGAGGGAGCGCAGAGGACGCUCGCAGCUGCUCUGGCUACGUGCAUGGACCGAGGGGUUUUCUUUGAUGCCUGCAUGAUAAGAGCACAUUCGGCUAAUUGAAAAAGAGAGGUGAAAGCUUCUAGCACACUUUUUUUUGCUCUCGGGAUGGACGGGCUGCAGACAGGAAACGCAGGAGUUGGUGAAAACGCAGAGGAAAAGUAUCGCGCCCUCGCCUAUGACACAGCUCUGAGCACCCUGGCGGCCGUGAUCGUGUACGUGGUGGUGAAAGUGAGCCUGGACGGCAUCAGACAGUGGCGGGCGAGGAUCUCCGUGCUCGUCGUGGGCUCGGGUCCCGUGGGGCUGACGGCCGCGCUGGUCGCUGUCCGCUCCGGGAAGGUGCUGAAACUGACUGUGCUGGACGAGCGGUACCGGACCGCGUUGCUCUGUCGGCCCCAGCAGAUCGCCCUGGACCCCCGCAGUGUCAAGUUCCUGCUGGGACUCGGGGUGGACUUUGACAACAUGGAAGGCUGCUGGCACAACGAGCACUUCUUCACCAGGAUCGGCGUGUUUCAGGAGUAUCUGCUGAGCAUCCUGGAGCAGAAGAAGCAGAAAGUGGAGGUCAAAGUGCAACUAGGUACCAAGUUCACAGAGGAGUACCUUCGGAGGAUCCCUCACAACAACUGGCCGCGUGUGAUCGUGGUGGCUGACGGGUCGUGUGGAGACUCGUGCUCUGUGCUCGGCAUCAGCUCUGACUACACUGUGGAGUCCUGCCACGCUUAUGGAGCUAAUGCUACCAUCGAGAGACUAGACCAGAGACAGGUCCCUACCCCUGAGAUCCGAUCCCACAGCCUUUACUUUGACCUGUCUGCGUACGGAGUGGAGGCCCUGCGAGAGCACCGAAACCCCGCCUCUAAACCCGGCUUCCACCUGAAGAUCUACGGCACCUUCAGAAACCGCUACAUGGCCCUCGUCUGCCCCGCCUCAGAGUCCAAGAUGGUCCGCUUCCUCCGGCACACGGCCAACUGUUCUAUCAUGAAGAACAUUUUCCACCAGUCCUUCAACGCCUACAAGACCGACAUUGAACCUCGUUUGAGUGACGUGACGCUGCACAACAUGCAGUGCAGCCGGCGUCUCUUUGAGAUCCAGUUAUCGCACAGACGGAUCAGCGCCGCCUACAUAGAGGAGGACAACGUGGCGGUCACUGUGGAGGGGGAGGCGGCACGGGUGCUCAGCUUUGACACAGGUUGUGGGGUGAAUCUGGGAAUGCGCGGCCUGGAGUCAAUGGGGACAUUUAUUUACAGAACAGCCACCGCUGUGGACCAGAACGACAUACUGGAGGCUCUGUCGGCUAAGAUACAGCACUCCAGACAGGUGGCUGAGACCAUCAAGCAGACGGGCCUGGCUGAGUCCAUGUAUGAAUGAACCUGAAACAGGAGAACCACCAUGCUGAGUACAUGACGCCACCUAGUGGAAGGUGGACGUUGGUUGGUGUGUUGAUGUUACAAUAAAGCUCAAACAGGUUCUGUGUUGUUUGGAGCUGAACGAGCUGCACACAGAUGGAGAAUGGAUGUAAACAUGUGACCACAAGUCUUUGUGUGGCACACUGAGUGGAGGCUACUCGUAAUAACUACAGCAAGAAAAAACAAAAGCCACAUUAAGUACAAGAGAUUUUAAGGUUGAGAAACUCGACUCAAUGCAGAAAACUGUGACAGAAAGUUAUCAAACAGUUAAAAAGUAUACAUUGACUGCACUUCAGAUUUCUCUGUAAACAACAAUGAGAGUGUUGGGGGUCAAAGAAACCAAGUUCCUAAGUGACCAUAAGUUCAAACUCAGGGAAGGAACAGACUUGAUUUUCCAAAAUAAGUGUAAAAUGCUAAAAAUGCUUUUUCACAUUUUCACAUUUUUUUUCUGUCAUUUUGUUAUAUCAGUGUGUCUAGUUAAACUAAUUUAAUAUCCAGAAGUAUUUAAGUUAAUUUGAAUUUCUAAGAGUAAACAGUAAAUACUGUGUGUUUUAUUUUGUCUACCUUUUAUGAUUAAGACACCGGCCCUUUAAGAGAGGCUCAGUGAAGGAGACACAGAGGUGUGUGUAGGCUGAAAACAAAGCUUGUGUAAAGCUGUGGAGCAUUUUUCUUUAAUAAAAGUUUCUAAAAGUGAA